AUGGAGCACGAAGGCAUGCCUGGCUGCCUUGGUGAUUGUCUUCAUAAUAAUGCUGAUUUUAAUUGGUCUGUUCGUGUUUUACUACGUGCGAAUAAAGCAGAUUAGUAAGUACACUGGGGAAAUGGCUGCGGGAGAUGUCUGCAUCACAAAUGAGUGCGUUGCUGCAGCCGCACAGAUGAUGAAGAAGAUGAACCGGACAGCUGACCCAUGCGUGGACUUCCACGAAUUUGCGUGUGGUCGCUACAUUAGGGAGACGGUGCUUCCCAAAGGAUACACCGAGGUGAACGUUUUCACCACCAUCACUGACCGAAACGAAAUGGUGAUGAAAGAUAUUAUCAGCAGCGAAAUAACAGCAGACGAACCGAAAUACUUACAAAACAUGAAGCGAUUUUACAAGUCCUGCAUGGACGUCGAACAGAUUGAGAAAACGGGACUCGCCGAGUAUUUCAAGGACCCCUUCUCGAAAGACUGGCCAACUAUCAACCCGGCAACCUGGGAUGAGGCGAACUUUCACCUGAAUGGCGUCAUUGCCCGUUUCGUAUCCGUCGACACACAGGCGAUUUUUAUAAUUCAAGCAGGUCUGGACUACAAAAACUCCAGCAAAAAGGUCUUGUUUCUGCGCGACCCUGAACUUGGCAUCGAUCCAGAAUUCUACUUUGUACCAAGGAAUGAUCCUCUUAUUCUCGCAUACCAGAAGUUUAUCAAAGACAUCACAGUAGUUCUGGGAGCUAAUGAAGCAACGGCUGAAAAGGAUGCGAUGGAUCUUGUAGAUUUUGAAAUAGCAUUGACUAAGAUCAUGGUUUCCAAAGCUGAGAAACAAGAUUUUAACAAAGCGUAUAAUCCGGUUACCAUGAGGCAGCUGGGAUCUUUAUAUCCGAAGCUGGACAUACCCCGAGCAACAAGAGCUCUCUACAGUACGGCAAAUAUAACGAUUCCUGACAACGAAACGGUUAUCAAUAUGCAUCCACCGUACAUGGAGAAACUGCACAAAACCGUUUCUAAUUUUUCCGGCCGCGUUGUACAGAAUUUUUUCAGCUUCAAAUACGCUUUAAACCGAGUGCAAGACCUUAGCCAUCGCCUGCGAGAAGUCAAGCUGGACUACGACAAGGUAAUGGAGGGCAAGACAGAAGAAACUCCAAGAUGGAAAAGCUGCCUCAGCAGCACAUCGUCGGCUUUCUGGGUGGGGAUGUCCAAACAGUUUGUGGCCAGGAAGUUUUCCCAGAAAGCCAAAAACUAUAUAAUGGAAAUGAUUGACAAGUUGAAGACAUCCUUUCGACAAAUCAUUGAAGAAACCUCGUGGAUGGUACCGCCUACCAAGCAAGCAGCUUUUAAAAAGCUCGCUUACAUGACCUCCAAGAUCGGUUACCCCGACACACAUUUCACAGACCAAGAUGUUGAUGAAACGUAUGAACAUUACCAGAUGCGAGAAGACAACUACUACGGCAACUGGAAUCUUAUUCUCACACUGUCCAGAAUCGAAUCCCUAAUCUCCCUCAGGACACCCGUGGAUAAGAAUGAGUGGAGGAUGGCCCCUUACGAAGUCAAUGCUUACUAUUCUGCAGCGGAGAACCAAAUAGCAUUUCCUGCUGGUGUUGUUCAGUCUCCAUUCUUCUCACAAGCCUUCCCUGAUUAUAUAAAUUAUGGAGCUGUUGGUGUGGUCAUUGGGCAUGAGAUCACCCACGGCUUUGACAACGAAG